AUGUCGAGCUUGGCUAGAAGGAGGCAGACUAGUUUGCUCUUUGGCUCGAAGCGCUGGUGGGCGACGGGGUGCUGGGCGACGCGAGCCCAUCAAGAAGCUUAUUUGCGGAAGCUCUACGGGAGGAAAAACUCCCAGGCGAACGUCAACCCUGCCCUGGACCUCCAGGAGCCCGGGAGCUGGAUCUCAUCAGCGAGGCCGAACUCGGACGGGAAUUCCGCACCGGGAUGUUGCCUCGAAGACAUUAUAAGAGGCGAAGACUCUGGGGUAGGUGGGGGAGGGACGGAAAUAUCCGGGGCCUCGGUAUUAGCCAGUCCCCGAGCCAGUCCCACGGAAAAAUGUGUUCAAUUUCUUACCGGUGCGCGUGUCUGCGUUCCGCACGAUUACUUAAGCGAUUCACUCAAUCAUGAACAAAGGCAGAAUCCCCGAGUAGUCUCUAGGUGCACUGAAUUCAACGAUUACCAUGGUAAUGGUGUUGUUAACUGCGGGUAUCAGGAUGAGAAGGUGUGCAGAAGCUGCAGAUGUCCGCGGGAGGAUCACCACCGAACGAGUAUCAAGUCAACGGACUCAUCGAUGGCAAUGGCAAUGGCAUUUCAAAACACCAGUACAUCCUCUCCGAGCGGCGGAGGUAUUCCUCCUCAUCAAGAACCGUUUAAGAGCCCCAUCGAGGCACCACCUGCGCUCCAAGACCCUCUUAUACAUCACCAUCAGCGACUUUCUCAGAGUGAUGACGAUAGCGGUUGCGCGCUUGAAGAAUACACGUGGGUCCCGCCGGGCCUCAGACCCGACCAGGUUCAUUUGUACUUCAGUUCACUACCGGAGGAGAAGAUUCCUUACGUCGGGAGCGCGGGGGAAAGGGAGCGAGUGAAGCAGCUGCUACAGCAGUUGCCGCCUCAUGAUAACGAGGCGCGAUACUGCAGUGGCCUCAGUGAGGAGGAAAAACGAGAGCUUCGCGUGUUUGCUGCUCAGAGGAAACGUGAGGCCCUUGGUCGAGGACAUGCGAGUCAAGUAGAACGACCUCACGGUACCGAUUGUCGUGAAUGCAACAGGGCAAUCACCGCCGGGGAAAUGGCCAUCGGAGCCAGCAGAGCUGGGCCCACCGCGCUUUGGCACCCCGCCUGCUUCAUUUGCUGCAUUUGUAAGCAAUUGCUCGUUGAUCUUAUUUACUUUUGGCGGGAGGGCAGGCUCUAUUGCGGAAGACACCACGCUGAAACUCUCAAGCCAAGAUGCUGCGCUUGCGAUGAAAUUAUUCUCGCGGAUGAGUGCACCGAGGCCGAGGGGAGAGCCUGGCACAUGAGACACUUUGCGUGUCUUGAGUGCGAUCGACAGCUUGGUGGCCAACGAUACGUAAUGCGAGAAGGACGACCGUACUGUCUGCAUUGUUUCGACGCGUCUUUCGCGGAAUAUUGUGACAGCUGCGGCGAGCCAAUCGGAGUAGACCAGGGUCAAAUGUCGCACGAGGGUCAACACUGGCACGCUACCGAGGCGUGUUUUUGCUGCGCUACCUGCCGAACGUCUCUUCUUGGGCGACCUUUUCUUCCGCGAAGAGGCGCAAUUUAUUGCAGCAUCGCCUGCAGCAAGGGUGAGCCACCUACGACCCCAAGCGACUCGUCAGCCGGGCCUCCAAUAGCUCCGCCGCCUCCUUCAUUUCCCAAACAAAACAGGAAACUGCCUCCGCCGACGCCGAGUGAGGGAUCUUCUAGCCCGCCACUAUCAACAACGAGGCAUCAUACCAUUGCACAUACCUCUGGCUCAGCUAGAAAUUCUCCUAGAGUAUCAAGAAAACAUUACCAAGGCUCUACGUCACUUGCAACAACUCCCACGCAGAUUUCUACCUUUGAUUUUACUUGUGAAAGCCUUCCAAAUGCUGGGUCACGAUCUGCUGGCUUGGACAGAGUUAUUUUAGAACGUAAUCUUGAAAGGCUUUUACAAGAGCGUAAUACUCACACGGAAGAAACAAAUCCGAGUGAACUUGGAAGGCUAAUGCAAGCAAGAGAUCGUGAACCAUUACGAUGUAUACAAAACUCAACGCCAACUCAUGCGUCAAGUAUGCCAGAGCUACCUCCACCUCCUCAUCUAUUAACUCAACAUUCGACGACGAUUUCACCACAAACGCCUCCACCGCCGUCGCCACCGCCUCUCCCUCAUUUAAUACCAAACAUCUCAACUGACAGCACGGACCUUUGUGGUAAUCCUGCUCCAAUAACAGACCCACCCACACCCACAUCCAGGCGAGUUAGAUUCGAAGGAGACGAAGCCCAAGCUCUGUCUACGUCUACGAUGCCACUCACAAACAACCCCUGCUCAUCAUCUUCGCCGUCUAAACUUCAUGUUCCUCGUUCGUCUAGUAGCUCAGACGAAGCAACAGCCUACGCGUUACCACCAAGAAGAGCGUACGGUGGUGUGAGAAUAUCUUACGUACCUAACGAUGCAGUAGCAUGUGCAAAAAGACGCGGACAAAAUCUAUCACAGUCUCAAAAAGAAGCUGACAAAUGUAUUUUAUCUUGA